AGAGAAACAAAAAGAACCUCGAAAUUCGAGUUCCGCGUCUGCCAGAGCAACAAAUGGAGGUGCGAUCGGCGCGGCCACCGGCCAACAGGGCAGUCGCUGCGUUGCAGUCCGCCUCCAGCGCCCCCACGUCCGCCUCUCCUCUCCUCACUAACGCACAUCCCAGACGCUCCGGCGCACCCAUUACUCGUUAUAACUCCUUCGAGGCGCUCUGCCAGGCGACGCAAACGGUGGACGAAAACGCCGAGCUCCGGGAGGAACUGCGCCGCAAGCUUCCACAGCCCAUUCCACGCAAUGACGUGGCGGCGCUGGGCAGCCAGGUCACGGUGCGCAUCUUAGAGCUGCUGGACCCACUGGGUGCGGACGCCGCUGCGUUCGCCGCGACCUGCCGAGCCGUCCGCGAGAGUCUCCUUCGCGCGAGCAACGUGGAGAAGACUGUCAUGGUGCCGAACAUGGUCUCCGCCGCCGCCUUUGCCUCCGAGGUGGUGCGGAGCGCACUGUACACCUUUUUCGUUGCCCGUGGGGGCGAAGUGAGCAGCCUUGUGAUGCGAAGGGCGGACGAGGCAACGGCACGGGAGGAGCGUGGCGAGGCAUCGUUUUUGGAUGCGUCUCCGCUUCGUCUCCCCGUUUCGUGGGCUCUCCAGUUGGUGUCGCACAUGCCGUAUCUGACCGAGCUCGAUCUGCGUCACGUGCAGUGGGGCGAGUCGCACGCGUCCCAGGUACUGCCGCAUUUCUUUAGUGACCUUCAUCUUGUUAUCAGCGGCACCCUUCGCAUUUUAAAAGUAGAUGCUGCUCUGAUGCAGUAUUGGAAGCCCGGGUGGUGGCGUCGCCAUGUCAACCUUCGUACACUAACCGUGGGCUGUCGGUACAGCUUUGCGCCUAGCAGCGACAACGGCGCGUCUUCCGCUACGCAACUGGCACUCCCACCGGAUUACUUCACGCUCAUGCGCGAGGAGAAUCGCCACUGGAAGCUGGAGCUGUGGUGCCCUCUGAAACCGAACUCCAUCCAGCAGCUGUUCUCUCCCCCAGCCGGCGUGUCCUUUGCGAGCGUCGAGGAGUUGCUCGUCAACGUGCGGUAUAGCGAACACGUAUGCGAAGGCGGGGAGCACAGAGGUGGUCGCGCAGCGUCGACAGUUGCGGGGAAUGCAGAGGCGAUCGCCGCCGCUGAAGCGCCAGCGAGCGCAAAACCAAGCGCAAGUGGUCGAAAGUCACCGGCAACAGGAGAUGCACCAGAGGCUGUCGUCGCGUACCCACGACUGAAUACGGUGAUGAUUGUCGACAUCGGCGACCGCCCUGAGGGAGCUGCGGAGGCUUAUCAAGUAAUGAUGCUGCUGGCGCCGGAGCUGAAGCACUUUAACGUGUGCGACACCGUGGUGAUCGGGGCUGCUGCUGCCGCUUCGGCGACGGAGGGCGGCAAAGGUGAACGCGUAAAACGUGGCGGCGGCACCGCCAAUCAUGUAAAGUAG